GAACUGUCCUCAGGUCACUGGUAUAUUCUUCAAAAUUUGAAACAGAAGACCUCUAGUAGGCACACUGGAGAGACUACAUCUCCCAGAAUUCCUUGAGCAGCAUCUGCUGGAGGACCCUGAAUUAACAGCUAGAAGAUGGAUGGUUGGAUGAUGUGUUUCCUCUGUUACCGUGUGUAUUGCUGCAGUACAGGCUCCCUCCUGCACAUGUCGGGGCUUCAUGAGGAAUUUCAGUCAGAGAGGAAGACAUCCUGAGGGAGACCACUGCAUCUGAUUGGCUGAUGACCAUUUAAAGGCCACCAAUCAGGCACCGACUUUGUGUGACUGCGUGUGUUUCCCUCUCCGUCUCUGAAUGCACUGUGCCAGUCUGCGCAUAUUUUUAUGUUUGCAGCGCUGCAUGCAUGCAUGAGUGUGUGUCUGUGUGUGUAAGUGUGUGCAGGAUGCUACACUCUGAAGCUGUGAAGGAGGGGGAGGGGCGAGGACAGAGAUGCUGAAGAAAUAGAUGAAAAAAGAAAGAGGGAUUUAUAGUGGAGAAGGAGAAGGGAGGACAGUGAGGAGAGGACAGAUGCUGAGGAGAGAGUGAUAGUGAAAGGCACACUAAGAUAGACAGAGAGAGUGAGGAGGAGGAGGAGGAGGGGGAGGAGGAAGAGACUAUCUGCUGGAGGAAGCAGCAGCAUCACCGAUUUUCACAGGAACCAAAGCAGCUAUCCUCUGUUGCCGUGACGAUGGGCUGCUGGCUCUCUGGACCAUGGAUGGGUGAUCAAACGGUGGGUGGGCGCAGUCUAGCACACCUAAGCCAGCGGGAUGCUCUGCGGAUCCUGGCAGCCAGUCAGCGUCCAAUCACCAUGCAGAUCAAGGGUCAGAGGGGGUGUGGCACAGAGGCAGACAGGGGAUCCUGGGAGCCCCUUCCCCUCAACCUGCAGCACCUCAACCUGCCCCUCCCACGGAUGGGGGCGGGGCUUAAUGCAUCCAGCCCCUCCUACCAGGACAGACAUUACUACAACCACCUGUCUCUGCCACAAGAUCACUGUGAAGGUGGACGGUACAGCUACCUGUCCAGCUCUCCACGGGACACUGUGGACAUCGGCCACCAGGAUCCAGAGCUGACUGGUCGUGGACAAAAGGGACAGAACUGCCUGAUGGGAUGUUGCAAUGCAAACUUAGAAGAACCCAACGGUUGCCACAGUCAGACCGAUGAUGAGGAUUUCAUGCUGGAGAAGCCGCUGGGCUUCCUGCCCCUCCACCAUGAGCUGGACAGCGGUCUGGGCUGGACUGACGGUUCCCUCCACCAGGGUGACCUCUCAGGGUUGGAGACUGAGGAGGGAGGCCUGGAGGACUGUCAUUCACAUGGGGCCCUUGCCCCAGGUGGUUGUGGGGGCUUCGGAGGUGGCGGCUCUCCUUCCUCCGAGUCCUUUAUCUCCUCAGAACUCAGUGACUCCGGCUUCUACAGCGUGAGCACUGGGGAGUUCAGGCAUUUUCAGAGGCUGCUGGAGAAACGAAUGCGGCUGUACAACGCCAGGCUGCAACAUCAGGGCGAACCCUGCGAGAGGCGGGAACGGCGUGACAGCUGCCCCAAGAGCCACCGCGAGCUGCUGGAGGCCAUCCCAGAGGCAUUGACCAUGCAGCCUCAGUGUCAGCGGCUGCAGCUCACGAUGGAGGAGGGUGCUGUGCCCGUCAUGGACAUCCCAUCCCGUGGACUUUUCAGGGUUUCAUCAGUCCAGUUCCAUAAAGCUGAUCGUCCCUGUCUGAACCGUCAUAGCUCCAGCAGUGGAGCCCUCUUCAACCCCUCCCAUGCCCAUGCGGCAGUCUCACGAAUGACUGCUCCAGUCCUUUCCACCUGCAGCACUCCCUCUAGCCACCGGAGACCACUAGUACCCAUGCAGCAGCACCACCACCACCAGGGCUCCAGUUCAGUGGGGAUGCUGAGGAGAAGCCGAACGCUGCACCAUCGCCCUGCUCCUCAGGAGUACCGCCGCCGUGCCAGCCACCCGGCUUCUCCCUCAUAUUGUGCAGCAACCUUACACCACUGUGGAGGUGUCACAGCAUGUAACGUCCUGCCACCGGGUCUGCCAGAGGAAAGUGAGCUAGUGACAGGUGUGAUUGCUCCCCAUCCAGCAGGCCUGGCUCGCUCACCCCAACAGCACCCCGCUUCUCUGGGACAUAUGAGGGGUGCCAACACCCAUGAGAGAUGUUACGACAACAACCCUAACAGCCAGAUUGCUCACCACGACUGGUGGCACUCACAAGAAACGCGCUUGAUGCCUGAGCCGAUGGUGACAGAAAGGGACAGAGAGAUCGAGAGAGAACUAGAACAAAAAAGACAAAUGCAAAUGGAGAAACAGCUGGAGAGAGAGAGGGAGGCAAAGAUUCAAGAGGAGAUGGACAGAGAGAGACAGCAGGAGCUGAGCAGGAGCAGAGCCAGAGAGCAGCUGCACCUCCAGAGUUUGGUCCAUCCUCCUCAGGCUGGAGACGUCAACGACACGUGGCCGAAACCAGCCAGCCGUCAGUCACAGAGCGGUGGGGGAGGCAGAGGUCUCUACAGUACCCUGGAGGGCCACACAGGGGCUUGUUCUGCUGCUGGAUGGGAUGCAAAGAAAGGACAGAUGAAUGCAAGUUCAAGCCCUAAUCCCAGUUCUGGUCUGCAACCAAAACUUGAUCUAAACUCAAAACCCAACACAACCUCACGGAUCUCCAGGAACCAGCUCCUCAGAGACCGGGCUUCUCAGCUGGCGGAUGAACGCAGCGGGAUGAGCACAGACGAGGAGACGAGUACUGACAUGCUGAUGGGUCGGUACUGGAGUCGAACGGAGAGGAGGGAACACUUCCUGUUGGCCCGCGAACAAAGGCAGCAGCAGCUGCAGGCCAGAGGAGUGCCUGUACGAGAUGCCAUCAGCAGAGGAGGAGCCGUCGGAGGAGGAGCAGGAGGAGGAGGAGGAGCCUUUGUUGGAGGAGGAGGAGCCUUUGUUGGAGGAGGAGGAGCCUUUGUUGGAGACGGCGGUAUGCUGGACAGCAGAGGAGGUGGAGCUUUUGCAGAAGGGCGCUGCAACACGGUCCUGGAGCUGAGUCAAAGGAAGCUGAGUCGUCUGAGGAACAGGAAGCUGUUGGAUGACUGGACGACAGUAGAGGAGCUGCUGACUCAUGGGACCAGGCUGGACAACCAGGAGGACAUGCUCUGUCCUAGCUCCCUGCUGACGGUCACCACUGUCUAACUGCAUGGACACCACGUAACUGUAACUCUGUGCGUGAGUGAGUGUGUGCGAUGUCAAUCUAACAACACAACAUUUGAGUAAAUCCUUGUUCUGUCUUUUCCAAAGUGAACGAUGUGAAGAUGGAUAUCAACCAGACGUGUUUAGCCUAGCUUAGCACAAAGACUGGAAGCAGGGGGAAACUGCUAGCCUAGUUUUAUCUAACCUUCCAGCAACUACAAUUUAAACAAACUCCAUUUGUUAUUCUUGAAUUAAGGUAUUUUAAAGUAGAGUAAAUCAUAUUUUCAUACUGCACCUGCACCUGCAUAGACAUAGAAGUAAUCAUCAAGCUAACUCAAGCCUAGUACUAGUAAUAGUAAUAGUACUUUAUGCUGUGUAGCUGCUUUAGUUUUCAAGGGUAUGAGUGAUGUAAUUGUUAUGUGCAUACAUCCAUGCAGACCUCUGUGUGGAUGUUUUUAUACCAGCCCAAAAUUUAUGACCGCACAGGCUGCAGGCACCUACACCACAGUGUGUACUGCCUGCUGUCCGCAUCCUCUUUGGAGGACUUUAGCUUCAGGUAGUCACGUAUGAAGGACAAAGCUGAGAUCCAUCUUCUCACAUGACUCGGGGGGAAGGACAGAGAACAUAAGGAUUUACGUAAAUGUCGGACUGUUCCUUUAAUGAAUGUGUGUGCAAGAGGGAACCUCACUGUUAUUGCUGUACAUCACCUCAACUGAUAGCUUUACGUGUGUGUGUGUGUGUGUGUGUGUGUGUGUGUGUGUGUGUGUGUG